UAAUGCUCACGGCGACGCGCUUUUACCGGCCUCUCGCGAGAUUUCGGCCUCUUCCCAGGCCGUCGUUGACUGAGACAUAGGCCAUGUUCAGUACCAGCGCGAAAAUCGUGAAGCCAAACGGCGAAAAGCCAGAUGAGUUCGAGUCUGGCAUUUCCCAGGCUCUUCUUGAGCUGGAGAUGAACUCUGACUUGAAGGCUCAGCUGAGGGAGCUCAACAUCACAGCUGCAAAGGAAAUCGAGGUUGGUGGCAGCAGGAAAGCCAUCAUCAUCUUUGUGCCUGUGCCCCAGCUGAAGUCCUUCCAGAAGAUCCAGGUGCGUCUUGUGCGCGAGUUGGAGAAGAAAUUUAGCGGCAAGCAUGUGGUCUUCAUCGCACAGGUAAGGACACCACCACACCCACAUGCCAUGCUUUCGACAGCUGUAAUGCUGCGCUGUUGUGUAUAAGCCUAAGUGAGGCCAAAGGAGUGACGUGUUUUUAAUUUAAAACAUAAGUGGGCUAGUGGUGUGAGCCGUAUCAUUUAUAUAGAGGGCUUAUUUGAACUUAAAGCAAAUAAGGAAUGUCUUGGCAGACGAUGUAACUAAAGUUGUAUCCAGAAAUGUUGUGUAAGUGGUCAGACUUCAGCAUUGAGCCCAUUUUCUUCUUGUGCCAUCUUAAUGAAGUGGAGUUUUUUUUUAUUGCUGAUCUUUAUUUUUAAACAAAUGUGCAUAACCUCCAUCCUGGAUGUAGAGUACCACUGUCCAGCAAAUUGUAGAGGUCUUCAGUCUUCACAGGGCUUGUGUGGCCGCAGGUUAUUACACCACACAAGUGAAAGCAUAACCGAUCAACUAUGAAAACUGAGACCAGUAGAGUUUCUGCUUGAUUGAAAUUAAAACUUGCACUCACACCAGUCCUUUUAAGGAUGAGAUUGAAGACCCUUGUUGAUUUCCCCUGCUCCCAAGUGAAGCAACUAAAGAAAUAAAUCAAAGGCCCCAUCCUGAGUUGAACUAGGUGGUGUUAGAGUAGGGAGAGCAUCGCAGCAUGCAUGGCAGUGGUACUACAGGACCAGACGUGAGAACCAUUGGCCUAUUGCAUUUCUUUUCUCUUUAAUAAAUGGUUUGUUAGGCUUAUCUGAAUUUACUGUACUGUGUAAAGCCUGGUUUUGUAGUGAUAUAGCAAAAUGGCUAGUACUGUAGCGUUAAGGUUAUUCUUUUACAUGAACAUUAACUUCCCAUUAAAGAGGAGCUAUCUGUGUGGUUAAAAAAAUGCAUGUAAGAUGACUAAGUGUAAUUAAUCGUCCUGCUCCAAGUCAGUUCCGUUUUAGUCGUUAAGGUGGUCUUUCUCAUCAAGUAGCGUUGCACUACCUUUGUAAAUAAUACAAGACUUUAGGCAAUGUUGAAUGACUGUACAUAACCAACGUGGGCACCCUGUGAGAUGGCUCUCAUAUGGCUCUGUCCGUGUGGCGUAUGGGAGCGUAGCACAUUAGUGCCAUGACGUAUGGUCCCAUUCCACGACGUUGAAUAGCAUGCAUGUCCCCGGCUCUUGGCUGUUGAGGACGGCGUCCUGUAUAUUCCUAGGUCUUCCCAGAGCUCUUGGCUAUUACUGGGGAGGUAAACCAUGCAGUGCACAAUUUUUCUUGUUUAAGCUAGUCCAUAAGCCUGGUUCUGGCCUUAUGAAGCCUUUGUUACCAGGAAGAAAAGGCUUUGUCAACUUAGACAUGUAAUACCAUAUGAGUUUGAAAACUUUUCUGUGAACUUGUAAUGAAAAAAUUGACUCAUUUCUAGUAAAUUGACUGAGCUUGCAUGCAGUUACUUGCUCUGUCUAACACUUACAUUUGUUUUUCAGGUUGAGACCUUCGCUGGUGUGUACAAGAAGCUCACGGGCAAAGAUGUUGUAUUUGAAUUCCCAGAAUUCCAACUGUAAAGAGCAGAUGGCAAAAUAAAUUUGUAUACCAUCAUGUCUA